AUGAUUGGUAAAGCGGCACAAAUCAUUUCUGUUCGUAAAGGUGAAUUUGAAACAGGUUUUGAACGUGGUGGUAAAACAUGUGAACAUGCUAUGUUAAUUAAAACAGCUUAUAAAGAACCAACUGUUAUUGAAUAUUUGGAUAAUAUUCCAUCAUUUAAUCGUAGUAUUGAUGGUCCACUUCGAAUACCAAUUGAAAUGGGUACAAUUGUUAUGGGCAAAAUUGCAUCAGAAUGUUGUGGAGUUGGUGAUCGAUGUGUAAUUAUGCCAAAUCGAACACGUGUUCAAGUUACACAUAUUUAUUAUGAAGAUAUUGAAACUGAUUCUUGUGUUUGUGGAGAAAAUGUUCGUCUUAAAUUAAAAAAUGUUGAGGAAGAGGUCUAUUUUUUUUAUUAA